AUGCAGUCUUCUCCAAACAUGCUCACCAAGGUACGCCCCUCGAUCUGCCCCCGGACACCCAUCACCCCAUCCGGCCCCCGUCACAUCUCAUGGGAUCGUUCAAUUGCAGCUGCUAACGUCUCCUUCUUCGCACAGUUUGAGUCGAAAUCCUCCAGAGCCAAGGGAAUCGCAUUCCACCCGAAACGGCCAUGGAUUCUCGUCUCGCUGCACUCUUCGACCAUCCAGCUCUGGGAUUACCGCAUGGGCACCCUCAUUGACCGCUUUGAAGAACACGACGGCCCCGUUCGAGGCAUCGACUUCCACCCGACUCAGCCCCUGUUUGUCUCCGGCGGUGACGACUACAAGAUUAAGGUCUGGAACUACCAGACCCGGAGGUGUCUGUUCACAUUGAACGGCCACUUGGAUUAUGUGCGCACAGUGUUCUUCCACCCUGAGCUGCCAUGGAUUCUCUCUGCGUCCGAUGACCAGACAAUUCGAAUCUGGAACUGGCAAAACCGUUCUUUGAUCUGCACCAUGACCGGUCACAACCACUAUGUGAUGUGCGCUCAAUUUCACCCUACCGAAGACCUCAUCGCCUCCGCCUCUCUGGACCAGUCCGUUCGUAUCUGGGAUAUCUCCGGCCUGCGCAAGAAGCACUCUGCCCCGACCUCGGUUUCCUUCGAAGAUCAGAUGGCUCGAGCCAACCCCAACCAAGCUGAUAUGUUCGGCAACACCGAUGCGAUUGUCAAGUUUGUGCUAGAGGGUCAUGACCGUGGUGUGAACUGGGUUUCUUUCCACCCAACACUGCCAUUGAUUGUUUCCGCUGGUGACGACCGAUUGAUCAAGCUGUGGCGCAUGAGUGAUACCAAGGCCUGGGAAGUCGACACUUGCCGCGGCCACUUCCAGAAUGCCUCCGCCUGUCUGUUCCACCCUCACCAGGACCUCAUCCUCUCCGUUGGUGAAGACAAAACCAUUCGUGUGUGGGAUCUCAACAAGCGUACCUCUGUCCAGUCUUUCAAGCGUGAUCUCGAUCGAUUCUGGGUGAUCGCCGCCCACCCCGAGAUGAACUUGUUCGCUGCAGGCCACGAUACCGGUGUGAUGGUGUUCAAGCUGGAGCGCGAGCGACCCGCCUCUGCUGUCUACCAGAACCAACUCUUCUACAUUACCAAGGAGAAGCACGUCAAGUCGUACGAUUUCGCCAAGAACGUCGAAUCGCCUCCGAUGUUGUCUUUGCGCAAGCUGGGCUCACCCUGGGUGCCCCCGCGCACCGUCUCCUACAACCCCGCCGAGCGCGCCAUUCUCGUCACUUCGCCGGCUGACAGUGGAACAUACGAGCUGAUUCACCUUCCCCGGGAUGCUACCGGAGCUGUCGAGCCUACCGACGUCAAGCGCGGCCAGGCCACGUCUGCGGUCUUCGUGGCCCGCAACCGCUUCGCUGUCUACAACCCUUCGAACCAGCAGGUUGACAUUAAGGACCUCAGCAACUCCACGACCAAGACUAUCAAGCCCCCCGCCGGUACGACUGACAUCUACUUUGGUGGCACUGGUUGCCUCUUGUUCAUCACCCCCACCCACGUCGUUCUCUACGACAUUCAACAGAAGAAGCAACUGGCAGAGGUUGUUGUUUCUGGUGUUAAGUAUGUGGUCUGGUCUAAUGACGGUCUCUACUGCGCUCUCCUCAGCAAGCACAAUGUUACCAUUGUGACCAAGACUCUGGAGCAGGUCAGCACCCUGCACGAGACCAUCCGCAUCAAGAGUGCUACCUGGGAUGAUUCCGGUGUCCUCAUCUACUCCACUCUGAACCACGUCAAGUACUCCCUUCUGAAUGGUGAUAAUGGAAUUAUUCGCACCCUCGACCAAACUGUUUACCUCGUCCGUGUCAAGGGACGCAACGUCUACUGCCUCGACCGCAACGCUCAGCCCCGUACCCUGGAGAUUGACCCCACCGAGUACCGCUUCAAGCUGGCCUUGGUCAAGCGCAACUACGACGAGAUGCUUCAGAUCAUCAAGACCUCGAGCUUGGUUGGUCAGAGCAUCAUCUCGUAUCUGCAGAAGAAGGGCUACCCAGAGAUCGCUCUGCAAUUCGUCCAGGAUCCUCAGACCCGCUUCGAUCUGGCUCUUGAGUGCGGUAAUCUCGAGGUUGCCAUUGAGAUGGCCCGCGAACUGGACCGCCCCAACUUCUGGAGCAGACUCGGUGCCGAGGCUCUUGCCCACGGUAACCACCAGACUGUCGAGAUGACCUACCAGAAGCAACGUAACUUCGACAAGCUCUCCUUCCUGUACUUGUCCACCGGUGACCAGGAAAAGCUUGCUCGUAUGGCCAAGAUUGCCGAGCACCGUGGUGAUUUCACCUCCCGUUUCCAAAACGCCAUCUACCGUGGGGACGUCGAGGACCGGAUCCAGAUGUUCAAGGAGGUUGAUAUGUACCCUCUGGCCUAUAUGACCGCCAAGGCUCACGGCUUGAUCGAGGAAGCCGAGUCCAUCCUCGAGGCCUGUGGUCUCACUGAGGAUCAGAUCGUGCUGCCCACGCUCGAGAGUCCUCUAACGGUUCCUCACCCCAUUGUUCCCACCUUCAAGUCCAACUGGCCCGUCAAGGCUGCCGGUCACUCUUCCUUCGAGAAGGCGCUGCUCGGCGAGGUUGGUGCGGCCGACGACGAUGCCGGCGCCGAUGGCUUCGAGGUUGAGGAGGACGAUGAGGAGGCUGUUCUUGCCAAGGAUACCCUCGAUGAUGAUGAGGAAGAUGCCUCUGGGUGGGAUAUGGGUGACGAUGUUAACGUGGAGGAAGAGGUUGACUUUGUCAACGUGGAGAACACUGAGGCCGGUGCAGGCAGCUCCGAGAGGCUGACAUCUGGGCUCCUUCUGAACCGCCAGGUUGGUGCCGUGCAAUUCGCUCCUCUGAAGAACCGAUUCCUUGAGGUCUUCAAGGCCUCCAAGACUUACCUCCCCGCAACUGUUGGCCUGCCGCCGCUGGUCAACUACGUGCGGAGAACCACCGAUGAGACAGAUAGCCGCAAGGUUCUGCCCAUCAUUCCUCGGGACCUGGAGACUAUUGCUAGUGUUGAUCUCCAAGAGGGAUAUGCCGCCAUGCGGGGCAACAAGCUGGAGGAAGGUGUGACGAUUUUCAAGCGCAUCCUGCACAGCCUUCUUGUCAACACCGUCUCUUCUGAGGCAGAGGUUGAACAGGCCAAGAAGAUCAUUUCCACCGCUCGGGAGUACAUCCUUGCCAUGUCCAUUGAGCUGGAACGCCGCUCCAUCGGCACCGAUUCCCCGGAUGGCCUGAAGCGCAGUCUGGAGCUGUCAGCCUACUUCACCAUCCCCAAGCUGGAAGUUGCUCACCGACAGCUGGCACUCAUGGCCGCCAUGAAGCUGGCCUUUGCCAACAAGAACUACAACUCUGCCCUUGGCUUUGCCAGCCGCAUGCUGGCCAACGGAGGUUCCGCCAAGCUCCUCGAGCAGGCCCGCAAGAUCAAGGCUCAAUGCGAGCGUAACCCGCAAGAUCAGAUCGAUGUCGAUUUCGAUCCCUUCGCCGAGUUUGAUAUCUGUGCCGCCUCACACACCCCGAUCUUCAGCGGCUCUCCUUGUGUGACUGACCCAUUCACCGGUGCCAAGUACCACGAGCAGUACAAGGGCUCCGUGGACCGGAUAUCCGAUGUCACGGAGAUUGGGGCGCCGGCCAGUGGCCUGCGUCUGUUCGUGCCCAGUCAAUAUUGA